CAAUUCGAACAACUCGAACAGUAUCGCUGAAGUGAUGAGACUGCUUUCCAGCAACUCGACUAUACUGGUCGAUGACGAAACCGGAAGUAAUUGUUCCUUUCUUGAUGACGCCGUGGUUCUCCAUCUGACGUCGAAGUGUUUGCCUUCCGACCAUGGCGUUUCCCCGCCUGCGUUGUCGUUACCAAUGCGCAUGCGUAUAGAUGAGUAUGAUUCUCGUUCCUUCAUAUACGAUUUGGACAAUGGCCUGACCUCUCAAAUUGCCGUGCUGUCGGCUGUUGCCAAGCGUUUGCAGUGGAAGUCAAUUGGCUUCGUGACGGAUGGCAGUGGAGACAUGGAGUAUGCCUCUCAAUUUUUCUCAAAAGCAGGAGAAGCUGAGUUUCGUGUAUCUUUCAUAAUCAGACUUGUUGAAGGCAUUAAUGUUGGCCUUGUUGUGGAGAAAUUGUUAGCUCUUCCACUUGAUGCCAUUUGUGUGCAUUGUGUGUCGAUACGUUGUAUACACCUGUUCUAUCAGGUUGCCAAUCAGUGGAUGGAUGUUGGACACACACAUGAGUCAAUAUGGAUACUGACAGAGGAAACGACAAUUAGAAUAAGAAGUGACAAGAAUUUGCGAAUAUCUGGUUUUCCAUUUUUGGACAUGCAUCUGUUGGGACUGCAACGACACAUCGAACCAUCUCAUGAAGCUAUUCAAAUGCUUGCACUGGGGGAAGAGCCACUUUCAAAUAUGUGGUCAUCACCACCACACAAAAAUUUGUACAUCUACGAUGCUGUUAACCUUAUCAAGAGAGUACAAGAAGAAAACAUUCUGGAAAUGGCGUCGAGUCACGAUACUCUGGUCAAAGAAAUAAACAAGCUUCACAUUAAGGGUGUUACUGGUUAUCUGUAUUUUGAUGGAUCGACUGGGGCAAGAGUGGGUGGACAAUAUCAAGUUGUCAGCAUCAAUUCAACCGAUACAGACAUGAUUGGUUUAUUUGAUGGCCACCGGUCUAUAUGGAGCAAGGAUCUUCGUCUGCCUUGGACUAGUGCAGUGAGGAUCAGGAGAGAUGUGAACAGUGUGCCAAUAUGUGAAUUGAAUUCUACUGGGACCGAAAUACAUUUGAGAGCUGUCGCUGUUCUUGAGGACCCUUGGGUGAUGCUUGACAAUAGUUCAUUUUCUGGCUACAAGGGAUUUUUUAUUGACGUGCUGGACGAGCUGAGCAAACGAGUUGGUUUUACAUAUUCCUUAAGAAUUGUUAAAGACAACAAGUAUGGUGCAAUCAAUGUAACAGGAGUGGCUGCAACAGGGAUAAUGCUGGAGCUUGUCAGUUGUGCUGCUGACUUGGGUCUCAACCUUGGCAUUUCCUCAAUACGAGCUCAGUUUAUUGACUUGUCUGUGCCUGUGCUCAAUGACGGAUUUGCAUUACUUUCUCGCAAGCCAGAAGAGGACACAGCUCGUCUAUUUGCCUUUCUUGAUCCAUUUGGAACUUAUACCUGGAUCUGUAUAUUGAUUGCAGUCUGUGUAAUCAGUGGUAUGUUGCCGAUUUUACACCAACUGAGUCCUUACGGGCAACAAAUGGAAGAAACAGCCGUUGAUAAACCAUACACGUUCAAGAUGCACAGAUCUGUUUGGUUCUUUUGUACAUCUUUUCUUCAGCUCGGUCCCGAGGGAGCAAAGUUUUUCUCUGGAAAAAUAUUAUUGUCACUAUGGUUUCUCUUUUCCAUGGUCAUUGCAGCAACUUACACAGCCAAUCUGGCAGCGUUUAUGACCAGUCGUGGAUUGAAGCAACCCAUUCGAUCUGUUGAUGAGCUUUCUCGACAGACAAAGAUAAUGUAUGGAACAGUCCAAGACACAAACGUUGAAGACUUCCUUGCAUUUUCACCUAUCCAUACUUAUCGACGAAUGAAUGCUUAUAUCAAAAACACGGCCGGGGCGUUUGUGAGUAACGCUAACAGUGGAUUCAGGAAAGCGGAGAAAGGGGAGAGAGAGUACAUGUUUAUAUGGGACGAACUGAGUUUGGAGUAUGUGUCAUCGAAUGAGCCGUGCACAACACAGAUUGUUGGCAACACAUUUGGGCACUUUGGUAUUGGAUUUGGAUUUCCAAAUGGGAUGAAGUAUGGUCCUAAUAUUUCAGCAGCCAUAAUCGACAUGCGAGGUCUGGGAAGACUGGACGAAUACAAGAAGAAAUGGCGAAUAAAUGGAGACAAGUGUGGCUACAACAGGGUGACCAGAUCCACGCAGACUUCAACAAAGAAGAUCACACUCCAUGGUGUUCGAGGACUAUUCAUUGUGGUGUUGGCAACAGUUGGGCUAUCAUUCAUUGCUAUUAUUGCUGAAUGGUACGUAUGGGCAGUCAAGAAGUCGAGGGAACCUAAGACUCAGAAUAGUAACACAGUCUCCAGAAAGUGAUGAUUUUUAAAGAGAAUUUGACUUUGGCUUGAUCGGCAGAGGCAAGCGCAUUGCUGUUAGUGAUGGGUAGUUUUUCUGAUCAUCAACUAUUAUGUGUACGUUAUGAAUGUCUUGAUAUAAAUUCUUAAAAGAUCUGAACAAUAUUGGCAUUAGUUUGUAGCAUUAUCGGAAAUUAUGAUGUAGAUAUUAGAUUGAUUGAAAAUUAAACUGCUUGUAUGAAA